AUGGAGUCUGUCAUCGAACUCGCCUAUGAAGGUCUCUACAUGCUGCGCAUCGAGCUUGCCUUCCUUGUGGUCUUCGGCUUCCUUUGGGUUGCCGGCCGCGUGGUGGGCACCUCCAAGCGGGCCCAGCCCGGAAACCCUAAGGGCAGUGGCCGCAAAGCUGCGCCCCCAUCGCGCCGGCCUGGGCUCACCCAACGCCGGCCGGCCUCCGGGGACGAGGUCCAGAACCUCUCCGUCUCCACCGUGGACCCCAAGAAGUUGCAGAAUCCCUCCUGGCUGGUGGCGCAGGUGGUCCAGCUCUGCCGCUCCCAGGUGCAGAAGGCCCUGGAGCUCUACCGUGCCGCGUUGAAGGCCGGUCUGCAGCUGGAGGAGAUGCUGGCCGAGGAGAGCCAGCAGCUUUCCACGAGCCUUGUCACGGCCGCCAUCCGUGUGGGCCAAGCCGAUGAUGCCUUGAGCGUCAUGAAGGAUCUGCGCCGCGUGGGACUCACCACCGACCCAGCUCUCCUGGCCUCCGCGACAAAGCUCUGCACUUCGAAGCAGCUCUUUGCCGAUUGCCUCUCCAUCUACGACUUCGCCUCCCAGGACGAAAAGCUCACCAUCCAGGACAAGAGUGUCUGGAGCUGCCUCCUCUUCUGCGCGGUGGAGACGAAAGGCUACGGACGCUGUGCCUUCUUCUUUGAGCGGCUCAAGGCUUACGGGGCGCCGUCUCCGAAGGACUUUGGUAACAUGGUCCGCUUUGCCUCCAGCACCAGCAACUGGCGACUGGCCCUAAGCCUCAUCGACGAGAUGCACAAGGCCAAGGUCGAGGUGGACAGCGUUGUGUACAACACCGUCUUGGCCGCUUGCGUCAGCGCCGAGCAGCUCGACAAGGCGCGGCAGCUUUUGGACGACAUGGUCGCCGCCGGAGGUGUAACCGAUGUCAUCACGUACAACACGCUGGCCAAGGGCUAUGCCAAAGCCGGGUGCAUGGACACCUGCUUCGAGCUGUACAAGCUCAUGCGCUCACGCGGCCUGACACCGUCGCAAGUCACCUACGGCAUUUUGCUGGAUGGCUUCAUCAACGACAACGAGGUCGAAAAGGCCGUGGAGAUCUUCGAAACGAUGCGCACUGAAGGGUGCCAAAUGAAUACGGUGCUCUACACAACUUUGAUCAAGGGCUUCGCUCGUGCUGGGCAAGUGGAUCAAGCAGUCAAGAUAUACGAAGAGAUGCAGAAGGAGAGAUCCAUGCAACCAGACGUGAUCACGUUCUCCAUCCUCAUCAAAGCAAACUGCGAUGUGGGCAGGUUGGAGGAGGCCCUGAAGAUGCUCUUGGCCAUGAAGGAGGCCGGGCUCAAGCCCGACGAGGUGGUCUUCAACAACCUCCUCGGCGGCUGCAUCAACGAUUGCAAGAUCGACCUUGCCAAGGACCUCUACAAGGAGAUGCUGGCCUCGAACGUGAAGCCCUCAGUGGCCACCUUCUCCAUCCUCAUCCGCCUCUAUGCCCAGUGCAAGCGCUGGGACGAAGCCGUCGACCUCUUGCGCCAGGAGCUGCCAUCGCAGCGCGUCGUUCCAGAGCCGCGGCUCUAUGGCCAGCUGGCCCAGUGCUGCCUCCGCGAUCGCCAGGGUCGCCGUGCGACGGAGGUCUACACGAUGCUCACGGAGCACUCGACCCCAACGGCCGCGAUGAACAGCACCCUGCUGGGCAUGUGCGCCAAGCUGAACAUGCUGGACACAGGCGCCGAGAUCAUGCACCUGGCGGCCAGCGCGGGCUCCCGCGUGGACCCGCGCGAUGCGGCCAUGAUGCUCGAGGCUGCUCUCCGCAAGAAGAAGUCGCAAGUCAUGGACACCAUCAAGGAUGCCAUGAUCAAGUUGAAGCUGCCGGUUCAGGCAUAA